UAAUUUGAGCUUUCUCUCUUCUCCCUCCUCUCCCCGCUCCGCCUCUGUCUCCACCUCUCCCUCAUCGAGGAGUUCCCAGCGGCUGGUCCACGCACCUGCUGCUGGUGGCCCCACCCUCCCUCAGUGAGCGUGUGCGAGGGAGCGGCGCAACAGGCUGCCACUGCCACUCCCGUCUCCCUAGCGACCGAGUGAGGGCAAAACUUGCACUCAUCUGUUCGGAGGCUGCCUUCCACCGCCGCUCCAUUCCCGCCCCUUCACCUUGUCGCGCCCUCACAGCCAGGUUGCUCAUACACAAGACGUGGUUCUCAGUGCUUACAGAGUUCACAUUAGGGAGUGACAAGCACCCGAUAAGGAGGACAAUAUAUAGUAAAGUUUGCCCUCGCACAAAUAUCAAAUGGACGAGAGAUUAGUUACUGAACGGUGCCUGAUAUCUAAUUCAUUAUAUUGCAGUUUUAUAAUCAUCGGUGUUAAUAACUGAGUGAACUACCUAACAAGUAUUUACACUAAGUAAAGAGAGAGGAACAUGAAGUGCGAAAUGCUAUAGGACAAGUGAGACUCGACUGCGAAGAAAAGUAAAGUGUAAGUCAAGGCAAAGUGCAUCCCCUCUGCCCCCUCACUCCUCCUGACCCUCACCCACGCGGGACAUGGGCGACGAAGUGUUGUGAACAGUGAGGAGGCUCCGGGAGGCGAGGAGCAGCAUGAGGCAGCGGGAGACGAGGCGACGGCAGCCCAGGCACCGCUGACACCUGUUCUGCCGCCACCUGACGCACGGGAAGCACAAGACGGCCGAAGGAAAGGACGCCUCGUACCAGGAGAACAAGGCCGGAGAGGAGGCGGAACCGACGGAGGCAGAAGGAGCAGCGGCAGCAGGAGAGCGACGCCCGGGAUGGCAGGCAGUGUGAACAUGCGCUGCGGGUGUGUGGCGGUGGCGUGCAUAGUGGUGUUGGUGGUGGUGUGCGUUGCCGUCCCUGGAAGCUCCUCGCGCCAGCCAAGCCUCGCCACUACUCCCCCAGCCUCGGCUCCCAACACUACCGGCCACCACCAGUACGCCAACGCAACGGAGGGGGUGAGACAUGGAGGUAAAGAAGAUGAUAGUCACGUUGGUGGAGGCGAGAAAAGUGAACCUCCACAGCAAAGUACGAAUGUAGUGAGAGCACCUGGAGGGGAGAACCUCAGUUUUACUCCUGCUCAAAUACUGGCGCUGAGGAAGCUGUUGAUGCCGCCCCCCGAGGAGAGAACGCCCAGCCCCACAGUGCAGACAAAGAAGGAUGGCUGGAAAAUAAGUGAGGAGGUCCGGUGGCAGUGCUUUUUGCAGUGGCUCAGAGCUCAUAGUUACAAAUCGAAAAAGGAUCAGAGGACUUGUAGUGCAGAGGAAAGAGAACAAAAUGCCCUUCUGGAAAGGAAAAGUGCUAAAGAGUGUAUGCCGCUACUGCUGCUGGUCGUUCCUGCCUUGUGUAACGGGACGCAGAGCUGCGUCAACCUGACGGAGGCGUCCAUGGAGGAGCUGCUGCACCGCUAUGUGGUGUGGGAGCGGAAAAAGAGACGACAGGCGGAGGCCGACGACGCCGUGAUCUACAUCGUGGUGGUGCUCGCCUUCUACUCCUUCGGGAUCGUUUUCAUGAUCGCUAACUUCGUGCGCCAGGAGCAGCGGGAGUUGGAGGAGACCAAUAUGUACAAGCAGUACGUGAAGGUGGCUCGUGACCGCUGGCUGACCACGCGGGGCAACAUGGCCAACAAGCUGGCCCUUCAGGCCCUCAACACCUUCAACGCCAUUCCACAGACAACGGAUGUCAACAAAGUUACAUUUGUGUAAGCCUGGAAGGAGUGAAGGCCGCUAUUCCUCACCCUCCCGAUUACAUGCGUAUACUCCCCGCUCGGUCACAGGAGCGCACGAGGAAUAACAACAUGGAGAAAAUCAUGAUGUUAAUUGUUCUACUUGGUAUUCAAAACUGAAAAUACGAAAGUUAACUUUUGAAUCAUUGACACGAUGAAACACUUACCGCAACUGGAGGAGUGAGGCGGAAGGGGGGCGUUGGCUCAAACAGGAGUUUUGUUGUAUUAAGUGAUGUUAGCAGCUGCAGGCAUUACCGUUGCCUCGCUCAUGUUUUGUGUAUUAUCAACACGCUGUAUACUUGACUCUCCAAACUCUUCCAAGUUUUCUAAGCUACAAUCAAUAUUGCCCUUUAAGGUACGAUGUAAUUAAUGCUCCCGGUUGUUUCCUUUCCCCACACUCACCUCUUCCUGUCCACUGUCCAGUUCGCCCUGCACUAGGGUCCGUUAGUCCUUUCCCCUGCUCUGCGAGUUCAUGUCAUAAGACGGGCGCGCUGCAGCGUAUUUCUCCGUCCUAAGCCGCUCCUUCCUUAGCGAUGGUGUUGUCAGUGUGCUUACUGGACUCUUUCCUCGAAGUGCACUGACUCAGGCACAACGCACUUGAAAACUAACCUGCACAGAACCAGCAUAUUUAUUGACUGCCAAGCCUGCAUAACGACGCGGCAGUGAACAUGUUCUUAAUCAAGACUUCGUUGUGCGUCCUGCCGGCCCCAACUCUGUGCCAUGUUCACUCAGCAGCAGUGUCUCAAACACGGUUUUCGAUGACCUUAUGAAACAAAAGAAACUAGGGACGUGUCUCUCCAUCAACACUGGCCUACAGGAUCAGACCUCUGUCGACGCUACGUAGGCAUCUCGGUGCUGUGGCGGGAGGUGCCCCGCGAGACACUAAUCAAUUGAGUCUGAGUCUUCACCAUGCUCCUUUUCCAAUGCUUUCGCCGCCUGCCUUUCUUCAACAGCCAUUUUUUACCCCAUAUAUGACCCGUAGGUUAGCCACAUACAUUUACAUAUUGUAU